GUCAUCACAGUGAGGGAAGUUUCCGAUCUUGAAAUGUGUCUAGUUUAGAGAACAUGUAAUUAAGUCUUAUUAGUUGUUAUGAAUCAUGUCUCUGCUGCUGUGUGUCGGAAGUCAACAUGCAGUGCAGAAGACACAUCACUGGCCUCGCUUUUAGUUUCGUAUUCGUUGUAUCAUAUUUCACGAAUAAGUUUGUCCUGUCAGUGUUAAAAUUCACCUAUCCAACCUUAUUUCAAGGAUGGCAGACAUUUAUCGGGGCUGUCCUGCUUCUACUCUCUGGGAAGUUUGGAUUGGUGGAAAUGAGCCGCAUCACCAGGUCAGCAGCUCUUUCCUGGCUUCCAGGCUCCCUCCUCUUUGUGGGAAACAUAUACGCUGGUUCCAGGGCCUUAUCGCAUAUAGACAUUCCUUUUUUCUUCACUCUUCAGAAUACCUCACAUGUUGUUAGUUAUAUAAUCUUGAAGGUUGUCAACAGAGAGAAGACACAAUGGCUGAAAUUAAUCAGCUUAUGCCUCAUUCUGCUCUCAGCCAUCAACCUCCCCCUUCAUGACCCUCAGUUUGAUUACAAUGGUUACCUUUGGGCUGUUGGUCAUCUGCUCUGUGUUGGUGCAUACAGGGUGUUUCAAGGUCACUACAAAUCUAGUAAUUUGAGUGAUCUUGAACAACAGUGCAUCAACUACUUGUUCAGUGUACUGCUGCUGGCCGUUGCAGCUCACCCAACAGGUGACCUCAUGGGUGCCUUGGAGUUCCCCUCCCUUCAAUCAUACACAUUCCACUGUGGCUGCUGUGCCAGUGCACUGCUGGGUUUUAUGUUGCUGCUGGCAACAAACAAACUGAAAAGUGGAUUGUCCAUGGAGCACUUUGGGGUCUGGAUCUUCUUGUCUAAGAUUAUUGCCAUGUCCCUGUCCCCGUUUAUUUUCUACAUGGACGUUAAUCCUUCAUCUCUUAUUUGUGUGGUUAUCAGUCACGUUGGAGAGGCCCUGCUGGUGUACUCUCAGAGAGAUUCUCAGUUGUGAUGAGAUAAUAGCAGCUAUCUGGAUUUACCCAUAACUUGCACUCCAAAGAGAUUUUUCUACCUAGAAAAUUGUAUUUAUUUUUGACAUUCUUUUUUGUAAUUUCUCUUCAAUGCGCUGACAAUCGGACCAAAUAAAAUUAUA